UACAGCACCAUGGACAGCCCCAGGUGGCUGCUGCUCGCCGCCGGCUGCUGGCUGCUGCUGCUGCCGCCCGGGGACUGGGGGCUGGAGACCAGGGCACUCCGCAGCUUUUACCCCCAGGAGCGCCCUCCAUCCAGCGAGAAGGAGCUGCUCGGGGCUUUGCAGGAGGCUCUGGAGAAGCUGCAGAAAAAGCGGAUUCCACCCUGGGGCAAGAAACUGGGGCAAGUGCCAGCGUGCGACGUGGGGGAGCUAUGCGCCGUCAGAAAAGCCUCCCGAAUUGGAAAGCUGUGCAACUGCCCCAGAGGCGCCACCUGCAACUUUUUCCUGCUGAAAUGCUUGUAAACCUCAAUACCUCCAAGAGCUAAGAUAACAAAAGAAACCAAAUCCUGUUGAACUGUGCUUGACACGCACUGCUUUGUCUUUGUUGUUGUGUUUUUUUCUAUGUAGUCAAUAAUCUACCCAUGUAAAAUACUUAUCUCCUUUGUAAAAUAUUUCUUCUCCCUCUGUAUUUGUCCUCAGAUUAGGAAUGAAGACCACAGAGGUAAGGCUUCACAACACUUAUUAAAGAU